GGCCUCAUGGCGGAGCUCUUCCUGCUCGGCUGAACACGUGGUUCCUGCUUCUCUGUCAGUGUGAAGGUUCGCAGCCUUCCCUUCACGCUUCCCUUUCUUUCUUUCUGCCCAGGUAGUUUGUUUUUGUCCCUUUCCUCCACACUUGCACCUCCUUCGUGUCGUCCUCGUCUCUGCGACGCCCCCACAGACCGAGAUCCAGGCCCGCGGUCUGUCCAACGUGGACCAGCUUGUGUGUGUGAAAGAAAGAUAAGUGUGAGCGCUACCCCCACCGAUCUAUCCGUCUUACCCCCUCCUCCUCCUCCUCCUCCCCCUCCCUCCCAUCCCUCCCGCACACUUCUUCCUUCAUUUCUUCGGUCAUGACGCUGGAAGCGAUCCGCUACCGGACCGGGUCCUUGCAGAUCCUCAACCAGCUGCUGCUGCCUCACCAGACGGUUUACGAUGAGAUCCGCUCAGUGCAGGACGCCUACCAGGCCAUCAAGUCCAUGAAGGUUCGAGGAGCUCCGGCCAUCGCCAUCGUCGGCUGCCUCAGCCUGGCCGUGGAGCUGAGAGCGGGCGCUGGGGGUGAUGACCCUGUAACCUUCAUCAGGGAGUCUCUGUGUCACCUGACCUCUGCCAGACCCACCGCCGUCAACAUGGGCCGUGCCGCCCGCGAGCUCAUGGAGUUUGCAGAAAACGAGAGCAUGGAGAAGAACUCGGAGCAGCUCAGAGGAAGUGUAAUUGCUUGGAUUGAAGACAUGCUGGAGCGUGACGUCAAUGACAACAGGAAGAUCGGUAACUAUGGAGCCCAGCACAUCCUGUCGGGUGUCCCGAGGGACUCCGUGACCAUCCUGACACACUGCAACACCGGCUCGCUGGCCACAGCUGGAUACGGGACGGCGCUGGGCGUGGUGAGAAGUCUUCAUGCUCUGAACAGGCUGAAGCGCGUUUACUGCACGGAGACGCGGCCGUACAACCAGGGGUCCAGACUGACGGCGUACGAGAUGGUCGCAGAGGGAAUACCUGCUACUCUUAUCACAGACAGCAUGGCGGCGCUCACCAUGAGAGAAAUGGACAUCACGGCCGUGGUUGUAGGUGCGGAUCGGGUGGUUGCCAACGGAGACACAGCCAACAAGGUGGGCACGUACCAGCUGGCCAUCGCCGCAAAGCACCACGGCAUCCCUUUUUAUGUGGCGGCGCCAAGCACAUCCUGCGAUCUGAGCCUGGAGAGCGGGAGAGACAUCAUCAUUGAAGUGCGCCCCCCUGAGGAGCUCACCAGUAUAAACGGAGUUCCCAUCGCUGCUCCUGGUAUUGAAGUGUGGAACCCGGCGUUCGACGUGACCCCUCAUCAGCUCAUCACAGGAGGCAUCAUCACAGAGCUGGGAGUCUUCCUCCCAUCGGAGCUCCAGGCUGCGCUCACGGGUCGCCUCACGGCCCUCUAGGGUCUCCCAGCGGCCCCUUCUGGUCCUGGUGCUCCACUGCACACUUCCAUCAAACACAAAGACACUUGUCUUCACCGAGGGUGCACCAGUAGUUGUUUUUUGUUCCAACACGCACACAGUUACAUGUAAGUGGUGCACACAGAGGAAAAAAAGUCUCUGGCAGCUGCAAACAAACAAAGAAAUACCCGGUAAUCACACAGGAUAACAGCAGUCUCUUUAAAUCCCUUUUUUUAUGUAAUCUUUACAUCGAGCUUUCCAUCACAUCUAACGUUUUUUUUUUUGUAGCCUUUUUCCACAAACGGCUUCUACAACUACAAAAAAAAAAAAAAAAAGAGCUCAGCUGGAUUUAAAACCUCUAAAUUCCAUUUGGCAAAACAAAUAUAUCGAGGUAACAUUUUACUGACGUCAACAAUAUGAAAAGAGAUUUUUAAAAACAUGACUUUCUUUGGAUUUCAAAGCCGUCACGGUUUUCCAAAAUGCUGCUACUCAUUUUGUAAAUAUUUCUUCCCUGCUGGUAGUGUGUGUACAU